AUGAAGGACCGAAAGCCAUUGACAGGGCCGCCAAAAGAAGACCCUGCCCAAGUGGACACAGCUGUGAAGACUUGUGUGCGUGAGGAAGAACAGACCAACAUGGAGGAUAUCCUGCAGGCCCAAGCCAAGAUGCGACAAGCCGCCCGGGAUGAAGCGGAUGAAGCAGAGGACCCUGACCGCUUUCUUCGAGAGCAGGAAGAGGCUUCCCAGGAAUCUGACCGGAAGAGACGGACAAAGGGAAGAGGUCGCAGAGGACGGGGAAAGGCGAAGGCGGAGCCAAAGGAGAAGGUUGGAAACCACAAGGGCAAGGACAAGAAAGAGGAUUCGGAUGGGGAGGAUGCUCAUGAGCCAUGUGAAGGAAACACCCGAAGAAAUGCCCAAAAGAAUGAAAAGAAUGAUGAAAGUGAAGCCCGUGCCUCAAAGAAUGCAACCCCAAAUGCAAAGAAAAAACGCAAGGGCAAAGCUGCUAUGUCUCCCAAGAUUCCAGAGAGCCCAUUCCUGAAGCGAGCCAAGACAAACCGUGAAAGAGAAAGGGAGGAGAAAAGUGAGAUCAAGAAAGUUGAAAGACAAGCUAGACUAUCAACAACCGAUGCCAACCCCAAGCCGAAGCGAAGCGCGCGUACAAAGCUUGCCAGACAGUUGGAAACAGACUUUGCAGCUGUUGCAGAUGAAAGUGGGGGUGGAGGGGAAAAACCUGCGAGCCCGGCACUGAAGAAGACCCCCAACUCCAAGCGCAAGAAAAAUGAAAAUGCAAAGGAAAAGGCUUUGGAAACCCAACUGCACAUAAAGAAAUUGUGUUAUGACAAAGUUACAUGUACAUGUACACAUAUAUGA